ACCUUCUGCACCACUUUUUCUUCCUGUUGUCCUCUCUCAAGAGGUCCUUGUACAAGCUCGGCAUGGUAAGGUAAGCAAGCAAAGACAAGUAGUCACACAGCCUACGGGAUCCCCACUAGGGGCUGUUUUAGUGCAAGACAGGAGAGGGUCUCGUCCGGUGAGCCUACUGGUGGGUUUCCCGUUGUCUGUGCUGUCCCGUUGAGAUUGAUGAGGUAGCUCACGAAUUGACCCCUCUGCACCACCGAUCAUCGCUGGCAAAACUGGUGUGAAAGCUUCGCCUCCUGGUAGGUAGAGGGGUUGGCAUUAGGAUGAUUCCUGGCAGCCAAGAGCUUGAGGAAGGUAGGCGGCUCCACACAAGAGCACCUGUAUGCCUCAACGGCGAGGAGGAAGGAUCUGACGUGGUCGGCGUGGUUGCGGUACUGGUCUAUCUCUUUUGCCACUGCUUCCCAGGUCCCCCACCCCUGGCCUUUGGUUGCAUGUGGUUUCCUGGAUGCUGAUGGGAUUCAUGAGGAUGAAAUCAUUGAUCCAAACGGCCCUGGUGUCAUGUUCCUGGAUGGCAGAAGAUUGCAGUUUCUUUAUGCACAGUGAACCCUGCCCCCUGGGCUAUCUGGAUGCUCCCACCCUGGCUUGAGGCCCGUCUUAGGAGGAUGGGCUGGGGUACGCCCUUCCUUGGACCGGGGUGGCCUAAUACGGGCCUACCUACUGCCUGCCCAUCCGCACGACUCGGGGCACUUCGCCCGCCGACCCGUGCACAUCUGGCCACCCCACCCGCGCGGAUCCAGGCUAAAAUUGACUUGAGGGUCGAAAAUUCUGACCCGCGCGCCUCGGGUCGUGCAGGUCGUCGACGAGGUCAGCAUGUCGUUGUGGUUGACAGAGUGGGCAGGUCAUGGGCAACUCAAGGGCUCCAUUCGGGAGGGCCUCAUCGCACUUGGCGAGCCAGUCAUGUGGGGUGGUAGAGCUGGCGAAAGGGCCUGCCAGGGUCCGCUGGUGGGAGGCGAGGAGCCAAUAAGCCUGGGUGAUCCUGGUGAGGCAGCUGUAGCUUCCUUCCACCAGGGGGUCCGCGAGGCCGAGGCUGCUGCAGAAAGGGGCAAGUGACACGUAGGCCCAAGUGCGCACAAGCUCAGAGUCACGGUGGGGGAAGCGGAGGUCACAGGCCUGUAGGAGGGUGUGAAACAGGCCGUGUCCCCAUCAGGACCACCCCUCCGACGGCCGGAGGUCCAGGGAGGUGAUGCGGAUGAGGUAGGAGACGAGACUUGUCGAGAGAUGCAGCGGGUAAGGAGCAGCGACACCAGGAGCAGGUCCAUGGUAGUCAGGAGGGGCAGCGGGGAAGCUAGGGAUGGCAGCUGGACCCGGAGGAAGCGAGUCGUGCCCUCCGCUGGUCCGAUGUGGCUCCACAGCGCCCUUCAUCGCUGGGUUGAGUGCUGUGCACGAGCCCGAGGGCGCUGUGGCCAGCAGUGAAGUGGUUGAAAGCCUCCGUGCAGGCGGCCGGCUUGCCAAGGAAGGUUAUCUCAUCUGUGUAGGCAAGGCAGAGCACCGAGGGGAGGCAGUUGCAGUGGGCCGGAGUGCUGGAUGCAUGCCGGCUGCGAAGAUAAUGGGGCCCAGCUAAGAUGGUAUGUUACUGUUUUGGAGGUCGCGUAAACAUAAAUUUACUCGUAAUUUACGUCAGUGUGGACAGGUAGGCAAAAACAAAUUGCUGAAGGACAUCGAGACAAAUUUCUACGGUGCCUACAUGUGCAACAAGGCGAAUCUUGGACGAAUCACGGGAUGCGUAGAUAAUCGCCUCUCUGCUGCCAGGAACGGCUACGCCAAAUUAAAGCCAGCGUCUCAUAAUUCCGGAAACUUUGCAAGCGUUAAACGCUUGGUACCAGGUAGGCUUGAGCAUACU